AUGUCUUGCCUAUCCGAAGGUGCCGAGUUCAUCUCCGAAGCUGGUAAGACAUAUCUCGCGGUCAGCUCGCUCGGACAGUCCAACGUCUGGACCGCGGUCGAGAAAGAUGACAUGUCCAACAUUGUCGUCUUGAAGGCACCUUCAGACAACGACAUACCCGGACAAUGGCCUCGAUUCCAACACGAAAUGAUCAUGCACGAACUAUUCAAGAACAGCAAGAACAUCCGCCGCCAGGUUGAUCGCAUUCCACCGACUCCAGAGGGCUCGCCUCCCAUCCUCGUCCUAGAAAUCACUGAAACAACACUCUGGGGCGCAAGAACGAAACGUCCCUUUUCUCGGGGCGAGAUCGUCGCUACCAUGAAAGGAAUCUUACUUAGUCUGCAAGAAGUCCACGAACACGGUCUAGUCUAU